GAAAAAAUGAUGACGAAAAGAGUGCAGAAAUUAGUACGCAGAUGCUACUGUGGGACCCUAGACAGUUUAUCUUUGGCUGGAUUGUCUGCUUGUAUACUUUACGGUAUAUGGCAGUUUUGGAUAAACGUCGAUGCUAUGUCAUUUAAGGGAAAUAAUUUUAUGUCAGUUGCAGGAUUCUAUUUAUCAGGGGUUUACUAUGGCGCAUUGGCAAUGACAGAAGCCAAGCAUAUCUUCCGUCGCAUCAUAUAUAAAAAGGAUUACGCUGUUCAGAUGAUUGCAGAAUCAGAUAGGCUCCUAAUAAGAAGAGCUGUAUAUUUGAUAAUACUCGUUCCAAUCGUCGUUUUUAAGGCAUUCAAAGCAUUCUUUGUCUACCAUCAAGAUGAUAUCGCUAUCAAUCUUAUCAUCUACAAUCUUCUGGGUGCAGGAGUUUUCGCAAUUUUGACCUUUUCACUCGAUAUUGCAUACUUAAAAGAACUAUCCGAGUCUCAUUCUGAUCCUGUUCAGAAUGAUUUGGAAUCAAAAACAGGACCUAACGUCAUAGAGAAGAUCGAGGAAACGCAAUUGAAUGUACAAACUCCAUCGGAUAUCACGAAGAGCAAGCCAUAAUUGGAAGUCAGCGUAAAUACUCGUCUCACAACCUAGAUCAUCAGCCGUCUACCUACGUAACAUUACUGGAUGUGUAGUAUAAUAAAUGCAUAAUAUAGAGGCCAUUGAGUGUUUUUACGCGUCAUGACAUGUUUUCCAGAAGUUGUCGUUCGAAUAAAAACUCCACAUUUCUUUACCUUAGUUCUGUCAUGUUUCCUAUACCUGCUAUACCGUU